AUGUCUCAGACAGGUGAGAGGGAAAACGAAGCAAUUGGUCCCAUUUUUGCGGAACCCGUCGUUGUCUCGGCAAAGACGCAUCGUCGUUUUUACGAGGUUGUCGUUCUUCUGCUAGCAUUGAAUGAAGGCUACAGAGGCACUGCCAGCAAGAAGAGCAAGGAUCUUCCCCAUAGCACAGGAGAAGAUUCUGACGAACACUUGUUCCACAAUUUUGUUUCCAGGCUGGGCCAAAUCUGUGACUCACGCCCAGGCGGGUCUACUGUCACGGCAUUUGCGGUUCUACAGCAGCCAGACAGGGUGGAAUACGUAUUCGGGUCCAAUAGAAGGAAAGAGGUGGAGCUGGAGACGACCAGAGCUUACAUUCGCGCCAUUCUCACCAGCCUCAGGGAGUCCACAUACUGUGAAGAUGACGAUCAACGUGAGGAAUAUCUGAGCAACGUUCUCCGGGAUGUUUUGAUGUUCAACCGUGACCGUAUUCGUCGUUACUUGAAUGGUUUGACGACUGCCUUAGAAGCCUGCAUUGCGAUUCGCGAGGCGGAGAGUUCGUCGACUGUUGUGUCUCGACAGAAAAGCUUUGUCCGAAUGCUGGAAUUGGUUCAACUUGCCAACCAGAAUGAUAACGACGACGAUGAAUUUACACCGACCAAGAUUGACAUGACAUGGAAUGACGCAGUCUUGGACCACACCGAAGGGCUGAUUAACGCCUUACAGAGCCUGCAAAAGCCUGUCACAGCCCUGUUCCUUCGAAAGAGAGCAAGCAAUGAUAAGGCUGGGAACACAAAACCUUGGCAAGAUCUUCAACACCACUCUUCCAGACUCUUGGCCUAUAGGCGUGCUGUUGAGGUGCUCUGGGAAUCCAGUUGUAUGUGGCCAAGUCUCUUCGAUACCUUCGAAGUUACAUGUAUUCCAUCAAGCAGUAAAGCAAUUAAUCCGCUCAAUACAUGCCCACAAACGGCAUCAGAGAUCCUCGCCCGUAUGGUACCCAAUUCGGAAACAAAGGGCAAAUUUCUGGACCUGGCUGAGACUAUGCAACAAAACUUCGAUCUGGACAAGACGAUUGAAGAUGAGUGGACCAGCAGCAACUUCCACCCUAUUGUCCAUGCCGAGAUCCUUGUCCACAGCUGGCUCGAGAAGACUGGUGGCACGAGGCCUGAGCGGUUCUUCCAGAACUGGCAAUACAUCGGCUGUAGCAAGCCUGUUUGCAAGCUGUGCCACUACUAUUUCACCAGUCACCCCAGCGGUGUUCAGAUCCGGGGCACACAUGGCAACUUGUACCGCAACUGGAGAAUGCCCGAUUAUGCCGACGUUUACUCCCUACGCACGAAAGAGGAAGCCCUCGCGAAACGUCACGAGAUUUUGCGAGGCAUCAUGAGUCACCUUCGGCAAUGUGUUCUAAGAACUCUCAGCGAGAAGACCACUGACUCCAGGCCGUGUGACUCUAAUACCAUAUCCUCCUUUGCACUCAACGAUAGUCAUAUUGGCAUGGGUGUUCGAAACUCAAACUUGUUUGUGCCUAGAACACGUUUGAACAGUUUAACAGGGGCCGAGCCACAAACUUGGGUGUUCAAUGAGGACUGGGAGGCAAUGGAUGGCGAGAGUGAAACUACAGAUGGAGUCAAGGGGAGCUGCGAGGCAUCGAAUUAAAUUAACCAUGAGGAGCUAGAGUAUUGAGUCACUGGCGGAUCUCCUGGCAAGACUGGAAAGUCCUUGCACAGCUGGCAUGAAUUGUGGCAGGUUUCUUCUACUCUACACACUCCAUCGUUGAUGUUAGCAGAGGCUAUGGGAAGCUGGAGGUGUUGCAGAGAGUAGGAAGGCGAGGACUGGAAGGAAGUUUGAGAGCAAGUUCAGAAGGCC